AUGAUAACGAAAUUUCAAUGGAUAGUUAUCAAUUUGGUAUUGAUAUCAUGUGCCUUUAUUUAUAUUAAUUUACGCUUAAGGCAUUUAUGUCUAACAAAUCUUAAACAACAACGAAAAGAUGAUGAACAAGACAGAAAAAAUGAAAAAUUAUUAUAUACAUCAUCAAUUGUGAUUUAUAAUCGGAUCCCGAAAACGGGUUCAACAACGCUCACCAAUGCUGCCAUGUACAGUUUAUGUCAUCGCAAUGGCUUUAGUGUGAUUCACUUGAAUUUAACUAGAAAUCGUUACCUAAUGAAUAUCAUCGAUCAACGACGAUUUAUCGAUAAUAUCACUAAUUGGAGGGAGCGAAUACCCGCUAUUUAUCAUGGUCAUGUUGCCUUCAUUAAUUUUAAUCGGUUCGGUCUUCCAAACCCAGUGUAUAUAAAUUUAAUACGAGAACCUCUCGAUCGAUUGAUAUCUUAUUAUUAUUUCCUUCGUUAUGGUGAUAAUUAUCGUAUCGGUUUAAAGAGAAGCCGAGCAGGGAAUAAUGAGACAUUUGAUCAAUGCAUUGCUCGAAAAGGACGCGACUGUGAUAUGAAGCAAAUGUGGCUACAAAUCCCAUAUUUUUGUGGUACACAUCAUUUUUGUAGUGAAGUGGGAAAUAACCGUGCAUUAGAAGAAGCCAAAUUCAAUCUCAUCAACUAUUAUCUGUUGGUUGGUUUGAGUGAUCAAAUGCGAGAUUUCAUUGAGCUACUCGAGUUAUUGUUACCAUCAUUCUUUCGUGGUGCAUUGAAGAAUUUCGAUUCGCUUGAUGAAAAGCAUGCACAUUUGCGCCAUACAAAUCAUAAAAUAUCACCUAACAAAGCAACAGUUGAAGCAAUUCGCAAGGAACCAAUAUACAUUAUGGAACGUGAAUUUUAUGAUUUCGCUCAAAAACAGUUCAAUGAAAUUAGACGGAGAAUGUUAGAUGAAGCAACAAAUGAACUGCUUCCACAAAGAUUUCACUAUGAAAAGAUCAAACCGGCAUAA